AGGACGAAAACGUGUUCGCGCCCAUGUGAUUUUUAAUAUUGUAAAUUUAUUAUUGUGAUUUAUUAUUAUAAUUUGGUAUUGUUAAUUUAGUUUAAGGUUUGGUAAAUAAACGAGAGGGAGAGAGGGGUUUUGCUUGGAGUCUGUAGGGUUCUCCCGUCCCGCUCCUGCAUUGGUGCCGUCCCGCUCGCACACUUGAAUAGAAUGCGAGCAGCACGGCGGGCCAGCGAUGAUAUAAAAAGCGGAGCGUUGGGAGCGGAACGACAUUCCAAAAUUGACUGCACAAGACUCCGAAGGCGUUCCAAAUCUCUCCGCGAUCCAAGCAAAACCAAGAACAAGAAGCUCAAUUUACAACCAGGCGUUUUUUCUCACAAUCCGCCCCCACAUUUUCUGGUCCUUCAGCAGCCGGAUUACAUCAAGAAAGAACAAUGCCAGUUACCAGAAGCGCAAAAUCAUACCCCGUGAAUACCCAAGAAUCCUCGUCCACUGCUCCAACCUGUUCGACGGGCACUGACACGAUCACGGGGACCGAAAAGACCGCUACAACUUCAAAACACCGGCGGAAGUAUACAACGGGGCAAGAACACCAACUAAAAGGGAGGCGCUACGCACUGCGAUGUCCAUAUUUGAUCCAUUGGGCAUCGCCACUCCAGUCACCAUACAAGCGAAGCGCAUCAUACAAGACACGUGGCGCUCGGGCAUCGAUUGGGACACCCCGUUAGAAGCGCCCGAAGCGGACGCCUGGAGCAGAUGGCUGGAAGAUGUACGACGACUCGCCAAGAUAAAAGUACCGCGCUGCUAUAUGAAACUUAGUCACGCGCGCGGCAUCCAGUUACACACAUUCGUGGACGCAAGUUCAACGGCAUACGCGGCCGUCACCUAUUGGCGUGUAGAAGACGAAGAUGGCAACAUACACGUCUCACUCAUCAUCGGCAAGGGGAAAGUAGCUCCGUUGAAGGUGAUCUCCAUACCACGACUAGAGCUGCAAGCUGCCGUGCUGGGUUGCCGUCUUACACAGACCGUCGUCGACGAGCAUCAAUUUAAACCGACGAGCCGCUACUACUGGACAGAUUCCCGCACGGUGCUGACCUGGAUACGCAACGGACCGCGAGUUUAUAAACCGUUCGUAGCGCAUAGAGUGGCGGAGAUCGCUGAACACACUAAAACGAAAGAAUGGAGAUGGAUACCCACCAAAAUGAACGUCGCAGACGACGCCACCCGCGACGUGCCACACGACUUCGACUCUAAUCAUCGAUGGUACAGGGGGCCGGACUUUCUAUAUAUGUCGGAAGAAAAUUGGCCUCAAGAGGAAGUCACGGACGUCAACGUCACGGAUGAAGAACGGGUCCACCUCACCACAGGCGUCGGCGCGCGACUGAAGGAAGCUCUGCCCGUAGUAACUCGUUUCUCAAGUUGGAUACGCCUCAUGCGGACCACAGCGCGCGUACUACAGUUCAUAGACAGGCUACGGACGCGCACACAACGAUGCGCCGCUUUAAGGAAGAGAACGAGGAAAAAUGCCGACGCCGACCCUACUUGGCGAAAAAAUAAUACGGGAGGCAACGAGACAACGAAGCGCGAACCCUAGGACUUUCCAGCUACAAGCUGCGGCGGGAGAAUAUGUUCAGGACGAAAACGUGUUCGCGCCCAUGUGAUUUUUAAUAUUGUAAAUUUAUUAUUGUGAUUUAUUAUUAUAAUUUGGUAUUGUUAAUUUAGUUUAAGGUUUGGUAAAUAAACGAGAGGGAGAGAGGGGUUUUGCUUGGAGUCUGUAGGGUUCUCCCGUCCCGCUCCUGCAUUGGUGCCGUCCCGCUCGCACACUUGAAUAGAAUGCGAGCGGCACGGCGGGCCAGCGAUGAUAUAAAAAGCGGAGCGUUGGGAGCGGAACGACAUUCCAAAAUUGACUGCACAAGACUCCGAAGGCGUUCCAAAUCUCUCCGCGAUCCAAGCAAAACCAAGAACAAGAAGCUCAAUUUACAACCAGGCG